GUGUACAGAGCCAGGCUUCAGUCCCUGCAGGCGAUAUUUAACAGGGCGGUUGUUGUCAAAUGUAAUUGCCAGACCACAGAAACCAAGAAUCACGAUGCCUGUAGUUCCACUGCUGCAGCCUUUCAAAUCCUUGUGUAACCCGCUGGUGACCCGUGUGGUGCCUCCUUGUAAGGGCUGGUCCAUAGAGUAACAAUGUGCUUUGUCUCUCAUCAGCUGAUCUGUAGCUGGCCUGGUAGAGGGCUGGGCUGUGGCUCUGGCUCUGGUUUGAAACCUGCUGAUGACACUUGAGAUGCUGAGGCUGCACCUGCCGGACCCCCCUGUGGAUAGCGAGGAGGAGGACGAGGAGGACGGAGCUGCAGCUCAGAGCAGCCGAAGUUCCAUCCCCAUGGAUCCAGCACACGUGGAGUUGGUGAAAAGGACGAUGGCUGGCGUGAAGCUCCCUACCCUGGGGAUCCCUGCAUGGGCCAGCGAGAUCUCGGAUGAUCAGUGGACGGCUAUGGUGCAGCGAACGCUGCAGGCCAGGCAGAGUCUCAGCACCUCUAGGCCGGAAUGGAAAUGAAGUGCAGAGCCAGGGUCAGGUCCCUAUCAAGAGAGCUGAGUACAAAGUGCUACCCUGUGCACUUUAACCUGGGGUUAUGUAUGGGAGGCAGACCACCACCAUCCUUCUCUGGACGGGUCAACGACCUCCCCCGGCGCUGAAGCGCUAAGAUGCUCAGUUUGUCUCCCACUGAGGAAAUCUGUUUCCUUGUCUCUUCCUUUCCCACUCCCGGCCAUUGAAUAGUUUGUCAGUUAUUGUGGUGUCCUCAUGCUAGCCCAGUAGUAGUUCUCUGCCCCCAAGGAACUGGACUGCCUUCGUAACCUCCCAGGGCAGAGCGUUAUUGUCUCUAGCCAGGUCUGUCUGUGAGGAACAACAGAUCUGCACUAGGUGCCCGUGGAUCACAGUGAGGGAAAGGGUAUUUCCCUCCUCACCCAUGCAUGUGCUGCCCAGGGCAAACAGCUGUGCUAUACCAUGUCACAGGAGGUCGAGUCCAGCGUGUUGUCUUUUCAAGAGAUCCAUUUUAUUUAGUUCUGUACAUACAGGGACAUCUGUACAAAAUCCAACACUUUCAUACUAUAAUGCUCUACUGAAAAUAAAGUACACCAUAUGUA